AAUUUUGUUGUUGUUGUUGUUGUUUUAUUUCACCCGAAAAUGAUGAUGAUUAUGAUGAAAAACAUUUGGCAAUUUUAACACUGUGUUUGUUUUAUUUCCCUGUUUUUGUUUACACAAUUCUGGAUCAAAGAAAGAGAUUAUCCUGGAAAAGUUUAUCAAAAAAAAAGAUUAAGAUCAAAAAAAAAACUUUUCCUCAGUUGCAAUAUAAUUUAAUAUCCUCGUCAUCAUCUACAUUCCAAUUUUCAUUCAUUCAUUUUUUUUGGUAGAAUUUUUGUGAUCAAAAAAUUUUUUUGUAAAAUUCUACUUUGAAAAAUUUUUCAUCGGCUGUCGAAAUCCUGCUUUUUCCAAACACCUUAUAGGCCUUGCAGCGUAAAAAAAACAUUCGAAUUUUUCAAUUUCGUUCGAAUUCUGCAAAUUCUCUGCAUUUGACAAACAGUGACAACAACAAACAAACAAACAAAAAUGUCAACAUCUGGUGAUUUUGGUAAUCCAUUACGUAAAUUUAAACUCGUUUUUUUGGGCGAACAAAGUGUCGGUAAAACAUCAUUAAUAACACGUUUUAUGUAUGAUACAUUUGAUAAUACUUAUCAGGCAACGAUUGGUAUUGAUUUUCUAUCGAAAACAAUGUAUCUUGAAGAUAGAACCGUACGAUUACAGCUUUGGGAUACAGCCGGACAGGAAAGAUUUCGUAGCCUAAUUCCAAGUUAUAUUCGUGAUUCUACUGUUGCUGUUGUUGUUUAUGAUAUAACAAAUGCAAAUUCAUUUCAUCAAACAUCCAAAUGGAUUGAUGAUGUACGUACUGAACGUGGUAAUGAUGUUAUUAUAAUGUUAGUUGGUAAUAAAACUGAUUUACAAGAUAAACGACAAAUAUCAGCGGAUGAAGGUGAAAAAAAAGCUAAAGAAUUAAAUGUUAUGUUUAUUGAAACUAGCGCCAAAUCUGGUUAUCAAGUUAAACAAUUAUUUAGAAGAGUUGCAGCUGCAUUACCCGGUAUGGAAGCAAAUGAAAAAACGAAAGAAGAUAAUGGUGUUGUAUUAAUCGAUCCGGAUUAUAUAAAAGAACGAAAAGUAUAUGGCCAUGUAUUGGCUGCAUUUCGUUAUGGUCGUGAAGAUUUAGAUGUAUUAGGUUUAACAUUUCGUAAAGAUCUAUUUCUUUCUGCGGAACAAUUAUAUCCACCAAAAACGGCAACAACAUCGAGAUCAUUAACAAGGUUACAAGAAAGAUUGAUUAAAAAAUUAGGUUCAAAUGCAUAUCCAUUCUUUUUUGAGCUUCCUCCACAUUGUCCAGCAUCGGUUACAUUACAACCGGCACCAGGUGAUACUGGUAAACCAUGUGGUGUUGAUUAUGAAUUAAAAGCAUAUGUUGCCGAUUCUGUAAAUGAUAAACCACAUAAACGUAAUUCUGUACGAUUAGCUAUACGAAAAAUUGUUUAUGCACCCAGUAAACAAGGUGAUCAACCUUGUAUUGAAAUAAGUAAAGAUUUUGUUAUGUCACCAAAUAAAUUACAUUUGGAAGCAUCAUUAGAUAAAGAGCUAUAUCAUCAUGGUGAAGAUAUUGUUGUUAAUGUUCAUAUAGCUAAUAAUUCAAAUCGUACUGUUAAAAAAAUUAAAGUAUCUGUUAGACAAUUUGCCGAUAUAUGCCUUUUCUCCACUGCUCAAUAUAAAUGUACGGUGGCUGAAAUUGAAAGCGAAGAUGGUUGCCCAAUUGGCCCAGGUUUUACAUUAUCCAAAGUUUAUAAUCUAAAACCAUUAUUAUCGGAAAAUAAAGAUAAACGUGGUUUAGCAUUAGAUGGCCAAUUAAAACAUGAAGAUACUAAUCUAGCAUCAUCAACAAUUAUAAUUGAUCCAACACAGAAAGAAAAUCUUGGUAUAAUUGUACGAUAUAAAGUAAAAGUAAAACUUUUAUUAGGACCAUUAGGUGGUGAUGUUGUUGCUGAAUUACCAUUCAUAUUGAUGCAUCCAAAACCAAAUGAUGAAUCAUCAAUGAUAAUGACAACAACAACAGGAACCACCACAGCAGCGACAAACGCAGCAACCAAAACAUCUGAUAUUUUAAAAAAUGAUGGUAAAAAAAUUGGUGAAGAUAACAACAGCAGCAGCGGCAAUACGAAUAAUGGACAUUUAAUUCAAUUAGAGGAAGAUGAUGAAGAUAAUGAUGAUAUAAUAUUUGAAGAUUUUGCACGAUUACGUUUAAAAGGCAAUACUUGAAAAUCUGGAAAACAAAAAA